GCUAUGGCAGCUUCCCGGCUCCUGAAACCCGAGCUCCCGCAGCCGCAGUUCUUAAGUAGGGUUUCUGCCCGCUGGCAGCGAUCUCCGGCGGGGGCCCCCUAGUGCGCAAAGGAGCGAUCUACCGGCGGGCGCCGAAGCCGGCCCCAUGGGUAUCCUCUCAGAACUGAAGCUCUCCGUGCCCUGGGGCCACAUUGCUGCCAAGGCCUGGGGCUCCCUGAAGGGGCCCCCAGUGCUCUGCCUCCAUGGCUGGCUAGACAACGCCAAUUCCUUCGACAGACUCAUCCCGCUUCUACCUCAAACCUUCUACUAUGUCGCCAUGGACUUUGGGGGCCAUGGCCUCUCCUCCCAUCAUCACCCUGGUUUCCCGUACUACCAACUGGAUUUUGUGAAUGAGGUGUGCCGAGUGGUGACAGCCCUGAAAUGGAAGCGCUUUUCCCUCCUGACCCACAGUUUUGGCGGUGUCAUUGGUAGCAUGUUUUCCUGCGUCUUCCCCGAGAUGGUGGAUAAGCUGAUCCUGCUGGAAUCUUCUCCCUUCUUCCUGGACACUGUGGAGAUGAACAACCUGCUGACCUACAGACGGCGCAGCAUUGAGCACUUGCUGCAGGUGGAAGCCAAGCAGCAAAGGCCCCCCAAGGUUGUCCGCCCUGAGGAGAUGCUGCAGGGCUUUCUAAAGAACAACAUACAGGUGGGCGAGGAGUGUGGGAAGCUCUUGCUGGAGAGAGGAACCACCAAGGUGCCAGGAGGUUUGGUGUUGAACCGAGACCGGAGGCUGGGCCUGAGCCUUGGAUGCCAGGCACAGAAGCAUAGGCACGGGGAGCCAUGGAACGUCUCAGGGCAGCAGAGUGAUGACAAUGAGCAACUCCAUGUGGGAGGGGGAGCCGGGCUGACAGUGGAGAGAGGGCUGGAAGGGGGUAAGGGUCUUCUAUCCCAUGGCACUUUCUCUUUAACCACCUUGGGAAUUAGGUAGUACCAGCAUUAAUGUGUCUCUGGUAUAGAUAAGGAAACACACCCAGUAAGUGAAUGGUUCUGUCCAAAGUCCAUUAGUUAGAGGGCUUCAGAUCCAAGGCUCAUGACUGAUUCAAGAUAAGCCCUUGUUCCUGCUCACUGAGGUGCCCCAGCCCCUUGAAGAGGAGGCACCAGCUCUUCUGGGAUCCCUUCAAGCAGACGGCCUCCAGGCCUCGGACAGGCCAGAGCAGGAGCAGCCCACACCAGUGGGGGUAUGGGGAGAGGGGCUGCGAUCUGCCCCCAAGGAGGGUGUGUCAGGGGGACCUAGUACCCUUCUAACACUAGGCAGAAGGUUGUGAAGGACAGGUGGGCCAUAAAGAAGGCUCCAGCAGGGGGAAAGAGCCCUAGGGUGGAACCUAGCCCCAUUGGUAGCUCCCUGAGCAGCCUGAGGCGAGCGCCCCCACCCCCCAUCAGGGGCUUUGUCUCUUUCUUAUAAAAUCCCGAUUCUAAAUCUGACUUGGCUUUCAGAGAGGGGUGAAGGACUGACACUGAAAGCAGGGUGAAGGGCCAAGACCCACCCCCCACCCCAUGUCUGUGAAGCCCCUGCCCACUCAUGCAGCAGCAGCCCCAUCUUGUGGCUCCGGGGGGCAUUGCUGGGAAAAGCCCGACAUCACCCCAGUGAGAUGUAAUGAGAUUGAGGGCCAGCUGCUAACUAGCUGGUGACCUUGGCUGAGUCCCCUGCUUAGGCCGGGGCUGGAAGGGGCCACAGAGCCAGCGCGCACUUCUGCAGGGCACCUUACCCAUCUGCAUCAUCUCGUACACACCACCCUGGGGGGCAGGCAUCAGUAUGCUACCCGUUUUACCUGAAGUGAACAGGGGCCACGUGGCAAGUAAGCGAGUACGGUUUGAGGCUGAAUUUGAACUCGGUUCUUCCUGACCCCGGGACCAGCUGUAUUGGCUGCCUUCAUUAUCUGUCCCCCACAUUUCCCACAGGAUACCGAGGCCAGCCCAGGGUUACAUUUCUAGGGAGUGGCCAUCAGGACUCCAGCCUCCUAUGGGGCUUAGAUCACAAGGGCACUCCUGGGAAAACAGCAGGCCCUGCUGGAAUCUGGGCCAGGAGGCAUCUCUGCUCUGCUCUCUUCUCCCUUGGGGGAGCCCAGGAAGUGGGAGGCUGGAGGCAAGAAGACCCGAGUUUGAAUCCUGCUUCAAGCACUGGCACUUUAACUAGCCAUGCUGCUCCCAGGGUCGGGAAAUCUUUUCCAGCCCCAUUCCCUCAACUGUGAAACAGGACCGAUCACUGGGCCAGGUUUUGUGAGGCCCCAGGGGGUGCUUGGACCCAGAGACACACCGCACCCUUGGGAGUGCAGGGGAGGGUCUACACUGACUGCGCUUUGUCCUAUCCCC